AUGACUGAAGCACGCACAGCCACUGUAAACAGAAAGACAAAUGAAACUGACAUUAAAUUGUCCAUCAACCUCGACUCAAAGUUCGAUCAACGCAUUGAAAUCAACACCGGGAUUGGAUUCCUCGACCAUAUGUACCAUGCUCUCGCAAAGCAUGGAGGAUGGUCUCUUAACUUGACCUGCAAUGGUGAUCUGCACAUUGAUGAUCACCACACUGCUGAAGAUACUGCCAUUGCUCUUGGAAUGGCAUUUAAGCAGGCAUUGGGUACUCCCAGAGGUAUCAAACGCUUUGGAUCAGCCUAUUGUCCCUUGGAUGAGGCUCUUGCCCGCUCCGUCGUUGACAUCUCUGGUCGACCGUUCGCUGAUAUCAACCUUGGUUUGAAGCGUGAGAUGAUAGGUACCAUGUCUACUGAAAUGCUCCCUCAUGUUUUGGUGUCUUUUGCUUUUGGUGCUGGUAUCACCCUUCAUGUUGAUGUUCUCAAGGGAACCAACGACCAUCACAGAGCUGAGUCUGCUUUCAAGUCUUUGGCUGUUGCUAUCCGUACUGCUGUGGAAAGAACUGGUACAGAUGAUGUCCCCAGUACUAAGGGCGUUCUGUAAAUAUAGAAGCCAAGAGAGAGAGAUAGAAAAAAAAAGCAUGCUUCUUAAUUUAUAUAUAUUCCUUGCAAUAAUUCCCCUUGACACACUAGUGAACAAUUAAAUAAAACUUCAUAGAAUAUUAUGCGCACACAGACA